CUAUGAAUCUAUGACAAAAUUUGUGAGAUCUUAAGGAGGUUGAGUUGUUGGUUAGUGGGGAGAGGAACAAAAAUGGUGAGAUUUGGUAACAAAUCUGGGAUUCAGGGAUGAGAUUGUGUGAUUCUGGGAGGUGGUUCUCUGCAGAAAUGGUGGUGUAUUGUGUGUGAUUUUUGUAGCUUUGAAGGGGGAUUUGGGUGGGUGUUUUAGGGUUUCAGUUUUAGGAAUUUGAUCCCAAAUUGGGGGUGGUGUAGUGUCCCUGUUUUUGGUUUUAGGGUUUUGUAAUUGGUAAAAGAGCUCAGAAACAUCUGGAUUUUUUUUUUUUUUGUUACAUUUUCUCACUCAAAUUGAGGAGUUCAUAACUUGGUCUCCCAGAGUGAAAGAAGGAAGAAGAAAUGAUUGACUUUCCUGUUGAAAGCAUUCUCUGAAAAAAGUAGUAAGGAUUACGAUUUGGCCGCGCCAUAAUCACGUUUAGUGAAUCGCCGAAAGAGCCGUCGGCGAUGAAGAACGUCGACACCAAGUGCGUCGACUCCCAGCUCUGGCACGCCUGCGCCGGCGGGAUGGUCCAAAUGCCAGCCGUCCACUCUAAGGUCUACUACUUUCCCCAGGGCCACGCCGAGCACGCGGUGGGGCCCGUCGAAUUCGCGCAGCUGCGGAUCCCCGCCUUCGUCCUUUGCAGGGUCUCUGCCGUAAAGUUCUUGGCCGAUCCUGAGACGGACGAAGUUUUCGCAAAGAUCCGCCUAAUUCCCAUAAAACCCAACGAUCCGAACUACUGCAAUGAGGACGAAGAGUAUGAUGAUAUUGAUGGAAUCGGGCUCACUAUGGGCGGAAAUGAUUCGCGAGAAAAACCUGCUUCGUUCGCCAAGACGUUGACCCAAUCGGACGCCAAUAACGGCGGGGGCUUCUCCGUCCCGCGAUACUGCGCGGAGACCAUUUUCCCGAAGCUCGAUUACUCCGCAGACCCCCCGGUUCAGACCGUGCUGGCGAAAGAUCUCCACGGCGAGAUGUGGAAAUUUCGGCAUAUUUACAGGGGAACCCCGCGCCGCCACCUCUUAACUACCGGGUGGAGCACGUUUGUCAAUCAGAAGAAGCUCGUUGCUGGCGAUUCCAUCGUUUUCAUGAGGGCGGAGAAUGGCGAUCUCUGUGUGGGCAUCAGGAGGGCGAAGAGAGUGGGGCUAGACGCCCCCUCGGGGUGGAACGCCCCCGGGGGCCACUGUAUGCCGACCUACGAGACGUACUCCCUCUUUCUACGUGAGGACGAGCGAAGGCUUUGUAAGGGUAACGGAAAUAUGAGUUGCAGUGCGAUUAUGAGUGGGAAGGGGAGAGUUGGCCCCGAGUCGGUUAGCGAGGCGGCUAGGCUCGCCGCCAGUGGCCAGCCGUUCGAGGUUGUGUAUUAUCCGAGGGCGAGCACGCCGGAGUUCUGCGUGAAGGCGGCGGCAGUGAGGGCCGCCAUGAGUAUAAAUUGGUGCCCGGGGAUGAGGUUUAAGAUGGCAUUUGAAACUGAGGACUCGUCGCGAAUCAGCUGGUUCAUGGGGACGGUGUCGGCAGCUCAGAUCGCGGAUCACAUUAAAUGGCCGAAUUCACCCUGGAGGCUUCUUCAGGUGACUUGGGACGAGCCCGACCUUUUACAGAACGUGAGGAGCGUAAACCCGUGGCUGGUCGAGCUCGUAUCCGCCAUUCCUUCCAUCCGCCUCGGCCCGUUCUCAUCACCCCGUAAAAGGCCGCGCCUUCCUUACCCCCACCCUUACCACCGGCCCGAAUUCCCCCUCGAAAGUCGACUUCCGUCCCAAAUCUACCAAGGAAACCCACUAGGGUUGGGGUUAGGGUUUACUCCCGCAGGCAUACAGGGAGCCAGGCAUGCUCAGUUCGGAAUCCCCCUUUCCGACCAAACCCUUUUAACCCCAAGAAUCUCUAAAGGCCUUAUAGUCGGCAGUCUGCCCAUUGAUGAAAAUAAAACUCGCGUCUCGUUCACGAAGAAAUCGGAAAAUGGAAUAACACCGAAAUUAGUUCUCUUUGGACAGCCGAUACUCACAGAGGAGCAGCUGUCGAUGAGCAACUCUAUGAACAGUUCUUCGGAUGGUUCGGGCUCAGCGAUCAAUCAAAAUGGUACAUUAGACAAUUUGUCGAGUGAUCGGUGGGGGUCCAAUCUAGCGCUGGAGAGUGGGCAUUGCAAGGUGUUCAUGGAAUCAGAGGAAAUCGGACGCACAGUCGAUCUCUCCAUUUUUGGUUCGUAUGAAGAGUUGUACGGGCAGUUAGCUGACAUGUUUGGCGUCAAGAAAGCCAAGCUCAUGAGCCAUGUUCUCUACCGGGAUGCUGCGGGUGCACUCAAACACACUGGUGAUGAACCUUUCAGUGAGUUCAUGAAGACGGCACGGAGGCUGACGAUAUUGCCAGACGCGGGCAGCGACAACUUAGCGAGGUAGGAAAAGGAUGUUCCUGGAAAUGUACAGCUGAACUGGAGUGGAGCCUCUUCUAUCAAAUGUUUUUUUUUUCUUUUUCUAAUUUCAUGUUUCACUUUUAGUAUCCAAGGAUGCUUUUGUUUCAGGAAGCAGUUUCUGUCAUUUCCAGCAGUUUCUGUCAUUUUCAGUUUCUGUGGAGAUUUAGACUCAUGAUUUCCCCUCUUUAGACUUAUGAAAUGCUUGGCACUCUCUUUUAUUCUGAUUCA